CACUUGUGAAAUGUCAGGGAGGAAUGGCGCUCGGCGCGGUAUUUUGAACAAUCGCCUUUUCCUUUCCUCGUUUUAUCUGGAAACGUUGCUCAGUGUAAACAUAUCGGAGAGCUGAGACUUUGCAAGCAUGGAUGUGGUGUCACCAGAGCUCAACAGCCUCCUUCCUGAUGAGAUCAUGGAUACUGAGGCCAUAGAGGAAAUCCCUCACUCCCAACCCGGCGGCGGCACCACGGUCCAGUCAGCAAGCGAUGACGCACCGGUCCCAAUGGAAACGGAUACACCCAUGGCUUCAGAAAAUGUGAGCCUGUGUUCAAUUGCAGCUUCAACCGGACACACUCAGGCUCUCACCACGUCCACCGUCUCAAACUCCACAUUCAUCAUCAGCUCCGGAAGUCAGCUCCCCAUGUCAAUGUCCAGUUCAUCGCCAUCCCUUCUUACCUUUAAACCAGCCAUGGCUACUUCCAUAGCCACCACCAAAACCACAGAUAGUUUGACUGGGACUACUUUCUCUACAAGUGGAUUACAGAAGCUCACAGCUCCGUUUACUAUCUCUGCUGCAAGCCAUCAGAUCAUUCUCAACAAGGUGGCAUCAGAAGCAGCAAAGUCUGCGGGUGGUCCACCCCAGAUCAUCAAGCAGGAGGGACAAAAGCUUUUGGUCACAGCAAUAGGAAAGUCAGGGCAACCUAUAGUUUUGCAGUUACCCCACACAGGCAGCAAGCCUGGCCUUUCACAGACUUCAGGAGACCUGAAAUCCCAAGCUCCACAGUUUAAAGUGGUGACUAUUGGUGGCAGGACGGAGCUGAAGCCAAUACUUGGGAGUCCUGGAAACCAGCUGACCACAUUACAGGCCCAGCAGCUGAAGACCGUACAGAUUGCUAAGAAAACACCAGUGUCCUCGGCUGCACCAAUCAAGUUUAUCAUCACAAAAACUGUUAACAGCAAAGGUCUAAGUCCUCAGACAUCAGUUACUCCUGUUAUCGCAGGACGGGUCUUGACGCAGAGUUCCCUAGGGAUGCCCUCAAGGACUAUUACUCUCUCUGAGCCCCACAACACUACAACACUACAGAGCAUAACUGGCAAAAAGAUUGCCAUUUCACCCCUUAAAUCUCCCAGCAAGGUGACUGUGGUUUCUGUGGCUUCUCCGACCUCCAACGCCUCUCACAAGUCAAUGACGCUGCCCGUCAAUGUAGCACUUGGACAGCAGAUCCUCACAGUCCAACAGUCUACACCGGGGUCUCCAAUCAAAGUGACCACGAGCCAAACCACACAGGGUCUUAAACCAGGGCAAACUGUGACCGUGGGCGGAGUUGGCGGCUCCCAGUUCAAGACCAUCAUCCCACUGGCCACCCAGCCAAAUGUGCAGCAGAUCCAGGUUCCAGGUAGCAGGUUCCACUACGUCCGCCUGGUCACAGCCACUACAGCGAGCAGCUCGGGACAGCCCAGCGGUCCCAGCACCAGCUCUCUACAGACCGCUAAACCUAUGAUGGUCAGCACAGGACCCGUCAGGAUGUCGGUCCCAAUCGUCCCGGCACAGUCCAUCAAACAGAUGGCCCCUAAGUCCCUAACAUCAGCAGCUGUAGUAACCACCACUCAGACCCAGCAACGCCUCAUCAUGCCUGCAACUCCUCUACCCCAGAUCCAGCCCAACUUCACCAACCUCCCCCCAGGUACCGUUCUGGCCCCAGCUCCAGGAGGAGGGAACAUGGGAUAUGCGGUCGUCCCAGCACAAUACGUCACACAGCUCCAGCAGAGCCCAUUUGUGACCCUCGCCAGCAGCUCUGCUUUCACCACGAACACCGGUAUCCAGACUCAGGCCAGACUGCCCCUCAAUGGAUUGUCAGCAGCAGAAACGACCUCAAGACCGAGGAAACCAUGCAACUGCACCAAGUCACAGUGUCUCAAACUAUACUGUGACUGCUUUGCAAAUGGAGAGUUCUGCAGUAAUUGUAACUGCAAUAACUGCUUCAAUAAUCUGGAACAUGAAACGGAACGUCUCAAAGCUAUAAAAACGUGUCUGGACCGGAACCCAGAAGCCUUCAAACCUAAAAUAGGUAAAGGCAAGGAGGGGGAGUCGGACCGCCGACACAGCAAAGGCUGCAACUGCAAACGCUCGGGCUGCCUGAAGAACUACUGCGAGUGCUACGAGGCGAAGAUCAUGUGUUCGUCCAUUUGUAAGUGCAUCGGCUGCAAGAACUUUGAGGAGAGCCCGGAGAGGAAGACGCUGAUGCACCUGGCCGACGCCGCAGAUAUGAGGGUUCAGCAGCAAACUGCUGCCAAGACCAAGCUGUCGUCACAGAUCUCAGACCUGCUCAUGCGGACCACUCCUGUCAUGUCAAGUGGAAGCGGGAGGCUGCCAUUUACGUUUGUAACAAAGGAGGUUCUUGAAGCAACGUGCGAGUGUCUGCUGGAACAGGCCAAAAAGGCGGAACAGACUCAUCAGCCUCAGGUGGAAGCAGAGCGGAUGAUCCUGGAGGAGUUCGGACACUGCCUCAUGAGGAUCAUCAGCUCGGCGGGGAAAGCCAAAGCAGACUGUGCUUCCAUCAAUUGCUAGGCCAAGCUUUUUGGCUUUCCCCCACCCUCUAAUAUGCACACAGCUGCGGGGCCGAGAGAAACAGAUGACUCUACUCUCUCGGACCCCUGGGGUUUCUCUCCUGCAAGGAACAGGUCGCCUCCCUCCUCUAAAGGCAGAACAAUGGCCUGAAAGUAGAUUCCCCCGCCCUUAGCAGGCAGAGGCCAGCUGGAAUAAUAAACAUUGAGCAGAUGUUUGCAAACCGAAGGAGAAUGGACAGAGCACGUCGCCUCUGAUGGAUAUUAAAAACAGUUCUCACACUUGUUCACCUGUUAUGGACAGAAAGGACUGAGCAAGGUAGUCCACAUGGACUGGAGGGUUUCUCUACUUCAUUUUCCAUACAGGGCUCUAUGAAAUGUUUUUGUGCCCUCCAAACUUUUGUUCUUCCAUUUUAUUCUAUUUUCUAUUAUUCUUUCCCCCCUUUGAGUUUUUUUCCAAAAAGAAAUGCCUGUAAUUUUAAUGUAAUCAUUUGUGCUUACAGUAGAUAAAAAGAACAUGUAUCUUUUGAUAUUUAUUUUGACAAGUAUUUGUAAUCAUUGUGAGUGCUAAUAUUGUGUGAUUUUUAGUGCUGCAAAUUGUUAAUUAUUAACCAAGGCUAGGCUAAAUUGUGUCAGAGUAGAGGCAGUCCUGGGUUUGAUCCCUAAAGGCAAUCGUAAAUUGAAUACACAUUAAUGCAUUAUGAACACACACAGCACUGUGCUCAUAAUAGUUGGAACAUGGCAAGAUUAGCGAAGGUUCACGUUUCUCUGUGCGGUUUUCUGUUUGAUCAGUCACAUGCUUACUGAACAUUAAAAAACACCAUACAUGGGAAAAACAAUUGAGACCUAUAAGACUUGUUCAAUUAUGUGUCUCACUAGAAGAGAGUGGAGAAAGGGGUUCGGAAGUUGUUUUUUGAUGUCAAAGUGGCAGAAAUUAGAAAACCUCCAUCAAGACAUCUCAUGGUUGGAGCAUGGGAGUAUAACAUUAAAUUAAUGGCUGAAGUAAUGCAACUAACAAGGUGAUCCAGAUCUGUCACACACGCAUAGCUGAUGAUUGGUUUUGUGUUACAAUUACCACAGAUAAAAAAAAGAAAGAACCAGAGACCCAUAUCUGCCUCUUGCCUUUUUAUUAAUACAUUAUACCGCAACCCU